AUGAAAGUGACCUCUCUCCUCACCAUCGCCGCCGCGAUCUGCAUGGCUACAUCCUCCGACGCAGCGCCCAAACCCGUCAACAAAGACCCUUGCGCAGAGCUCGCCAAACAAGGAUCCAACACCGACCCCCAUCUGACGUACGAUGUGGUCAAGCGCUGCUUCAACAACCACAAGUACAAUCCCGAUGUUGCCGCCAAGGUGCUCACCGCGCUCGAGAACACGUACAGCAAUUUCUUCGUCUUUAUUGAUCAGGCGAAGGUUGGCCCUACCAAAGUCGCUGGUUCUCCUUUGAACACUGCACCUGUGGAUGCGUUGAAGGAGUUGAAUGCGAUCCGUAAGAAGAAGUGGGCGAAUGAUUAUGAGUUCCAGUUGGCUGUUACUCGUCUGGCUGCUUCUUUCAACGAUGGCCAUGUCAACUACAGGAACUUCUGCUACAUGACUGCCAGGUUCAUGCAGCCCCUCUCGCUCUACGCCCCUGUCGUCAACGGCAAGCAAGACGUUCGCGUCUUCUACGUCGACACUACCAUCGGUAAGAAGGGUCUCCCCAGCAACCCUUCUUCCCUUACCGACUGUGUUGUCCAGACCAUCGACGGCCAGCCUGCCCUCAAGGCCAUCCAGGAUUUUACUGAUCGUGUCUCGGCCAUCUCCAAGGACCCCGGUGUCCGUCUCAACGAUGCCUUGGCCAGCACCUCCUGGUACGAUGAGUGGUAUUCCAGCCCUGGUGGUUUCGCCAACCGCUAUGAGCUCCCCUCCGGUGAGUCGCUCAAGUACACCAUCCAAUGCGCCAAGGGCCCCGUUCAGACUUUGACUGUGCCUUGGGUUAUUCGCCCCAGUGACUACUACGAGUACAGCACUUUUACCAACACAAAGUCGUACUGGGAAGUCCAGUGCCAGAACUCGGGCGCCGAUUACAACAGCCAUAGCAACAGCCGCUCGCCUUCUACCGCCGCCGCAAGAACCCUUGCUGCCAGUUCCAAGAAGGGUGCCGGCGAAACCGCCCCCGCUCUCACGACCUUCCGCGAGCGCGGAAAGAUCACUCAACCCAAGCCAGGCCAGUCCAACGGCCGCAACGGCGAGCCCAAGACCCCCCCUGUCAUCACUCAGGCCAAGCUGGUCGCUACGACUCGUACCUCUGCCUUCUACCGCCUGACGGGCAGCAAGGUCAAGGACGCCUGUGUUGCAGUCAUUGCGACCGAGGACACUGAGGAGCACGAGUAUGAUUCAGAUGAGUACCUCAACUUUGCCAAGGGUCUCCAGAAGCUCCAGUCCCAGGGUUGCACCAAGUUGAUCUUUGACAUGACCAACAACGGUGGUGGUCUCAUCGACUUUGCCUACUACAUCAACCGCCUUCUCUUCCCCAAGGCCGACCCUUACUUUGUCCAGGAUAUCAAGACCAACAAGAUGAUCCAGGAUGCCUCCCGUCGGGCGAUCAAGGUCCACACUGCCCACUCGAUGCUCGACGCCACCCAGUAUGUCUCUGCAGCAACUAACCAGCGCUUCAAGGAUACCUCCAUGUUCACCAAGGACGUCCGCCAGAAGCGUGGCUCUACCACCGUCACCUUCUCCCAACGUUCCUACUUCCCCUUCAAGUGGUCCUUCCUCCCCCUCAAGAAGGGCCAGGAGCUCAAGUUCAAGCCCCAGAACAUGGCCAUCAUCACCAACGGCUUCUGUGGCUCUGCUUGCUCCAUGAUCGCCACCCGUUUUGCCAUCACCCAGAAUGUAAAGACCUAUGCUAUUGGUGGAAUCGCCAAAAGACCCCUUUCGUACUUCUCCUUCCCUGGUGGAUUCGUGACUGAGGUUGGCUCGAUCGUUGCUGACUUGUCCAUGAUCAAGUACAAGGCUCCCGGCAAGACUGCCCCUAUUCAGUUGCCCAUUAUGGGUACGGCCAACUUGCCCAUGGGUGAGUUGUAUGCCCAUGCCAACAGCACCGUCCCCCUCGAGUACGACUCUCAGUUCUAUGCUGCCACUGUCCAUCUCGAUCAGGACCCCGUCUCUGCCAGACAUCCCGAUAACGUCUGGGUCAAGAUUGCCAACGACCUUACCCCUAAGAAGAAGUAG